AUGCAGACGCUCCUGGGCCAGCCGCUCGUCUACUCGCUGUCCAGCGGCGAAGUCGUUGCCGUUGUGGGCGUCCUCAUUAACGUCAUUUUCCUGCUUUUUGCUGGGUUCAACCCGCCUGUUGCUGUCAUCCCGGACCGUUACCGAUGGCUGUAUGACGUCACUUUACAGCGCUAUUUCCUUUCGAUCCUCGUCUCGCUCGUGUUCGGCAACUGUCCUGAAGAUCCGGUGCAUGAUGAGGAUACGAGGGGUACACCAACAUGCGGUCAGAACUUGCGUGUUGACCCCUAUGGAAUGCACCGCCGUCAGUGGGUUACACGACGGUCAAGCACUACCUGGCAAUGGAAGACUUUUGAUCUCCGCACCUCUGACCUCCUAGAUAUAGCAUAA